AUGACAGUGCUCCAGAUUUUAUUUUUGCUGAUCCUGGUCAACAGCAAUGGAUCUCAGAAAACCGACUUGGAUGUGGAUGAGGACCCAGACCAUUCAGGACCAGAACCCAUCGAUGGACGAUCGUUUUUCUUUCUGGGCACUUUGUUUCGUCGCUGGCGUAACCGCUGGAUGGCCUAUCACAAUCCGGAUCCCAUAUUCGCCGGCCCCGCCUAUCCCAUAUCUGGUUAUUACAAUUGUCCUGUAUAUGGCUGCAACCCGGCGGCUAUUGGUCCUCAACCAGGUUACUACGCUACACCUGCAGGAUUUUACACCAUGCCUCUGAAUCAGCAGCAGGCUCAGGGGAACAGCAAUGUCUAUAUCUAUCAAAGUGAUCAAAAUUCCGCGACGUCUGGAAGUCCCAUGGGCUAUGGGUAUUUGAGUGGGGCUUCGCCGAUACGACCACCUCCGCCUUUCCCUCCACCACCCCCUGGUAUGCCGCCGUCCUCAUCCGUUGGAACGGUACAGGCCAGCGCAGGUGGGUAUUCUGGAACAGGAGCAGGACCUGGACAACGGCCAGGACCGUUUCCAAUACCCUUACCCCAGCUGGGAUGA